UGGGCUCAAAGCUUCCAAGUUCUUUUAAUCCCCUUCCCCUUAAGCAGGAAUAGGUAACCAAGGACAUGUGAAGAAUCCUCUGAUUUGGAAAAUAGAGAUCAUCACCCACACUUGGAAGCAGUGGAGAGAGUGGGGAAGGAGACCUAGAAAGCAAAUGGUCACCAAUGUACACAUGGAGAUACGAAAAUACUGUAUUCAUGAGACAAGAACAGGACUCUGAGAAAAAGCAUUCAAAGCCAAAAAGAAUUCUUGGAUAUAAAAACACAACAGCAGAGAAACCAAAAACAACACCUCAGUUGCAUGAAAAAUAGAGUUGAGGCACUGAGGGACAGAAAAGCAAAGAUUAAAAAAAUGGAAAAAGGAAAUGGGAGGGUUAGAUUAGGAGGCCCUCAGCUAAAUAAUAAGAAAGAAAAGAGAAAAUAGGAGGAAUCAUCCACAAACUGAUACAAGAUAACUUCCUGGACCUCAAACUUCGGGACUUGAAGGGCCGCCGAGUAAGCACCGGGAUGCCAGUGCAGGGGUCCUCCACCGUCCUGUCUGUUCCCCCACCUGGGAAAUGUGCAGUUGGGGGGUGUCUGGCAGUGGAGGGGUGCUUAGUUUCCCACAGGCACCAGCGAGAGUUUGGAAACAAGGGAUUCCUUGGAAGUGCUCUGGAGCUGUCAUUCCAGAAUUUGGAUAAUGAGAGUUCAGAUGGAGAGAGAUGUACACACCCACUCCAAGGCCCGUUGUUGGGAAAUGUCAGAACCCCAGGACAAGGACAUUGUGCUGGCUUGUAGAGGAGGAAUCAAACAGGCCAUCCGCAGGUCGUCCCGGGGUAUGGUGGAGUGGCUUGGACACCUGUCCAGCGCAACACUGCAAGCUGGAAAACUGAGCAUGGCUUUUAGAGUUCUAGGAGACAGUUUUCCACUUUGAACUCUAUACUUAGACAAAGGAGAGUAAAGAUACAUUCAGACAUGCUCCAAAAGUUUGCCUCUCACAUACUUUAAGAAAGUGACUGGCUGGUGUGCCCUGCUUAAUCGAGGUGGUGAGUCCAGAAAGACAACUAGAGAAGAUGGGAUUUUCCUCAGGGGAGGUGGAGAGAAUCCACCAGAUGAAGAGAGAGAGUGGACAUCUCAUAACCCGAGCUGGUCCCUGGGCACCCAGCGGCCAGCCUCUCAUGAGGCUCAAGUGAAAGGGGCCGGGUGAAGGGCCCCCGCCCUGUCUGCGGACAGAAUGACCAAAACCUGCCUUGUACGCCUGUGGCUGGUCCUGGGGUCUGUGUUCAUGAUCCUCCUGAUCAUUGUGUACUGGGACAGCGUGGGCGCCGCCCACUUCUACCUGCGCACCGCCUGGUCCAGGCCUCGAGCCUCGGAGCCCCGCCCCAGCCCCGGGCAGCAGGAAGGGAAGGAGUUCGCCUCCGACGUGGACGAGUUCUUGGACAAGCUGCUGCGUGCAGGCAGGAAGCAAAGCGUCCUUUCUGGUAGGAGUGUGGAGCAGCCCUCCCUGCUGGUGUCCAGCAAGCCAGUGCUGAGCGCCAUGGAGGAGAGUGUGAGGGGCUAUGACUGGUCCACACGGGGCGCCCCGCAGAACCCAGACCCCGAUGGGCGGCAGGCCAAGAGGAGGAGCGUGCUCCGUGAGUUCUGCACCAACACCAGCUUCAUGUUCCCCGCCAAGGAGCGCUCCUUCGACGACAUCCCCAACUAUGAGCUGAACCACCUCAUCGUGGACGACCGCCAUGGGGUCAUCUACUGCUAUGUGCCCAAGGUGGCCUGCACCAACUGGAAGCGUGUCAUGAUCGUCCUGAGCGAGAGCCUCCUGGACCAGGGCGCCCCGUACCGCGACCCCCUGGACAUCCCGCGGGAGUACGUCCACAACUCCAGCACCCACCUGACUUUCAACAAGUUCUGGCGUCGCUAUGGCCGGUUCUCCCGCCACCUCAUGAAGAUCAAGCUGAAGAAGUACACCAAGUUCCUCUUUGUGCGGGACCCCUUUGUCCGCCUCAUCUCGGCCUUCCGCAGCAAGUUCGAGCUGGAGAACGAGGAGUUCUACAGGAAGUUCGCCGUGCCCAUGCUGAGGAUGUACUCCAACCACACCAGCCUGCCCGCCUCUGUCAGUGAGGCCUUCAGCGCGGGCCUCAAGGUGUCCUUCACCAACUUCAUCCAGUACCUGCUGGACCCCCACACUGAGAAGCUGGCACCCUUUAACGAGCACUGGCGGCAGGCGCACCGCCUCUGCCACCCCUGCCAGAUCGACUAUGACUUUGUGGGGAAGCUGGAGACACUGGACCAGGACGCCGCCCAGCUCCUCCAGCUUCUCAGAGUGGACAAGCUGCUCCGCUUCCCCCCGAGCUACCGCAACAGGACUGCCAGCAGCUGGGAGGAGUACUGGUUUGCCCAAAUUCCCCUGGCCUGGAGGCAGCAGCUCUACAAACUCUAUGAGGCAGAUUUUGUUCUCUUUGGCUACCCCAAGCCUGAAAACCUGCUUAGAGACUGAAGGCACCAGCAGGGGAGAUAACCCCAGACAACAAAUGCAUGGGCUUGCAUUGCUGCUUCGGAGCCCAGUGGGCAUCUGCUGGCCCUCGCUGGCCUCCUGACCAUGCAGUGGCAGUUGCCAUGCGUGUUUUUUAUGCUUUGUUACCCUCUCAGCCCAACACAUUGCAGAGUCCGUAGUGCUUCUGCUGACAAGGCCACUGAGGCCCCUGGAGCCAACCACACCCAUGCUCUGGUAUUUUAAAUGACCUAUGAUAUUGCAAGCUGGACUUACUGCUCACUCCACUGCCUGUAUUCCUUGAGUACUGUAUUAAUAUUGUUUUUUAAGAUUAAUAUAUUUCAGAUAUUUAAUAUGAAAACUGGAGAAGGAAGUGAUGGAGUAAAGUGUUACAUCCA